UUAAUACCACGCUCCACGCUCCUCCUCACUGAUUCACGCUCUCUUCUUCUUCCUCUGCUCCCAACACCUGUCGAGCUCUCAUGGCGCGGCCGGAGGCGGAGGAGGAGAAGGGAAGGGCGGGCUCCGAUCGCGCCCCCGCCGGCGCCGCCGGAGUCGAGUACCUCACCGGCCUCGGCAACCACUUCUCGUCCGAGGCGAUCGCCGGCGCGCUGCCGGUCGGCCAGAACAGCCCCCUGGUUUGCCCCUACGGGCUCUAUGCCGAGCAGAUAUCCGGCACCUCCUUCACCUCCCCGCGCAAUCUCAAUCAGCGCAGUUGGUUAUAUCGGAUCAAGCCAUCGGUCACGCACGAACCAUUCAAGCCCCGUGUUCCGGCACACGAGAAGCUCCUUAGCGAGUUCGACCGGUCCAAUAGCUCCGCGACUCCGACUCAAUUGCGUUGGAAGCCUUUGGAAAUUCCGGAUGCACCGACGGAUUUUGUCGAUGGACUGUUGACAAUGUGCGGGGCUGGAAGCUCAUUCCUUCGGCACGGAUUUGCUGUUCACAUGUACACUGCCAAUAAAUCAAUGGACAACUGUGCAUUCUGCAAUGCUGAUGGUGAUUUUCUAAUUGUUCCACAGCAAGGAAGGUUGUGGAUCACCACAGAAUGUGGAAAAUUGCUGGUUUCCCCAGGUGAAGCUGCUGUUUUACCUCAGGGAUUUCACUUUUCCGUGGACCUUCCAGAUGGCCCAUCUCGUGGCUAUGUUGCUGAGAUAUUCGGCACUCAUUUUCAACUUCCCGAUUUGGGACCAAUAGGUGCCAAUGGUCUUGCUGAUCCGAGACACUUUCUUGUACCCAAAGCUUGGUUUGAAGAGAAGUCCUGUCCUGGGUACACUAUAACACAAAAGUUUGGUGGCCAACUGUUUACGGCGAAGCAGGAUUUCUCCCCUUUUAAUGUGGCCGCAUGGCAUGGAAACUAUGUUCCUUAUAAGUAUGACCUGAGCAAGUUUUGUCCCUAUAAUACCGUCUUAUUUGAUCAUAGCGAUCCAUCAAUAAACACUGUAUUGACAGCACCAACUGAUAAACCUGGAGUGGCAUUACUGGAUUUUGUCGUAUUCCCUCCUCGGUGGUUGGUUGCAGAACAUACAUUCCGACCUCCAUAUUACCAUCGCAAUUGCAUGAGUGAAUUCAUGGGCCUUAUCCAUGGUGGAUAUGAGGCAAAAGCUGACGGUUUUCUCCCAGGUGGUGCUAGCCUUCACAGCUGUAUGACUCCACAUGGUCCUGAUACCAAGACUUAUGAGGCCACCAUUGCUCGAGGAAAUGAUGUAGGACCCCAUAGAAUUACCAAUACCAUGGCGUUCAUGUUUGAGUCGUGCUUAAUCCCACGAGUUUGCCAUUGGGCACUUGAUUCUCCCUCUGUGGAUCCUGAUUAUUACAAGUGCUGGAUCGGACUCAGGUCCCACUUUGAAGGGAUGAAGAUUGAAGGUCACGAUACACAAAACGGAUGUGCAGAUGUGUAGCUUGUGUCAUGGUUAAGCAGGAUGGUGAAGAGAUAGAGAAUCCACCCACCUCCAUGUAAAUAACAGAUAUAGAAUAAUCGUACAUAGAAAGAGUCUUGCAUGCGUGACACAAAACUUGCUGGGGUUCUGGUUACUAUUGUUGCUCUCUUUGAGAUGAUCAAAUGAUUAUGAUGUGACAUCUAGCCUGCUACCUCAUUGUGUGUGGUUUACUAGAUAGCGUCUGUGAAUGUGAGCACCUGAGGCUUG